UGAGAGUCGCCAUUAUCGAGAGCGGGAGCCGCUCGGUGAGUGAGAGCUGCUAUUACUCAGGACUGGCUCCAGGCGGUGAUUUUAGGCCAAGUCCUCCGUUCACAUUUAAAAACAUCCAGAACGGCUUCCACUGUGGGUGACUCAAGGAGCUUUUACAUGGGUAACUGAACCAAGUGGAUCAGAAGAAUCAUCAAAGAUCUGAUUUUGAAUUAGUCGAUCUGAGAAAGGAUAAUUACACGGAAAAGAAAUGUUUCGACCCAAAGUUACCCUGAAAGACCGGCAGCACCUUUACCGACUCAUUAUUGGCCAGUUGCUGUACGAUGGGUACAUGAACAUUGCAUCAAACCUGAUCAAUGAGAUCAAACCACCCUCAGUUUGCUCUCCCUCCGAGCAACUAUUGCAUCUUGCCAAGCUUGGAAUGGAAAAUGAUGACAACACUGUUCAGUAUGCCAUUGGGCGGUCAGACACUGUGGCUCCCGGUACAGGCAUUGACAUGGAAUUUGAUGCUGAUGUUCAGACUAUGUCCCCAGAGGCCGCUGAGUAUGAGACAUGCUACGUGACAUCACACAAAGGGCCAUGCCGCAUUGCCACCUAUAGCCGAGAUGGACAGCUGAUUGCUACAGGCUCUGCUGAUGCAUCCAUCAAGAUUCUGGAUACUGAGAGAAUGCUAGCAAAGAGUGCCAUGCCCAUUGAGGUGAUGAUGAAUGAGACAGCACAGCAGAACAUGGAAAACCAUCCCGUAAUUCGCACGCUGUACGAUCAUGUAGAUGAGGUCACGUGUCUUGCUUUCCACCCCACAGAACAGAUACUAGCUUCGGGGUCAAAGGACUACACACUGAAACUCUUUGACUAUUCCAAACCUUCUGCAAAAAGGGCAUUCAAGUACCUUCAGGAAGCGGAAAUGCUGCGCUCCAUCUCCUUCCACCCAUCUGGAGAUUACAUUUUAGUGGGAACGCAGCACCCAACUCUACGAUUGUAUGAUGUCAAUACUUUCCAGUGUUUUGUAUCAAGCAAUCCCCGUGAUCAACAUACAGAUGCUGUCUGUGCUGUGAGCUACAACCCCAGCGCCAACAUGUAUGUUACAUGCAGUAAAGAUGGCAACAUCAAGCUGUGGGAUGGUGUAUCGAACCGCUGCAUCACGACCUACGAAAAAGCACACGAUGGUGCGGAGGUGUGCUCCAUUAUGUUUUCAAGAAAUUCAAAGUAUGUUUUGUCAAGUGGGAAGGAUUCUAUUGUGAAACUAUGGGAAAUAUCAACAGGGCGCACAAUGGUUAAAUACACAGGUGCAGGAUUGAGUGGCAGACAGACACAUCGCACCCAGGCUGUCUUCAACCAUACUGAAGAUUAUGUGCUUCUCCCUGAUGAACGAACAAUAAGUCUUUGCUGCUGGGACUCACGUACAGCUGAGCGCAAGAACCUCCUAUCUCUUGGACAUAACAACAUUGUUCGCUGCAUUGUGCACUCUCCUACCAAUCCUGGUUUCAUGACCUGUAGUGAUGACUUCAGGGCCAGGUUCUGGUAUAGAAGAUCCAGCACCGAUUGAAAAAUGCAGCUGAAGCAUGAGAAGGUGGGGGCAUGAAUCCUGGUCACGGUACACUGAGAAGGAGCUGGAAGUAUUGUAGGAACUGAAGUUCUUUCACCUUGCUCUGUACACUCCCUGUUUGUCAUGCUCCAAAUUUUGGCCUGAGGUAAUGGAAUUAUUUCCAAAGUACAGUGUGCCAUAAUACUCUGCUUGUAUGAAGGUCUCCACACAUCCGUAGAUUGUUUACAGCUCAGGUUGCUUUUGUUCACCUUUUAUUCAUGGAUUAUGUAGAUAUAAGCAUUAUGUAACAUGGCAAACUUCAACAUUGAUUUGUGUUUUCAAACAAUAUCCCACAAUUUAAAGUCAAAAAUUACUAUCUCUGCCUUGUACAGUCAUAGGUUCAGUAAAGUCAGUUCAGCCUCAGAAAUCAAUCUCUUGCCUUUAUCAUUGGCUUUAAAAUAGCAGUUAGUGUUGGAAAAGAUCACCAAUUACAAUUUCCAGAAUGCUUUCAUUUCAGAUUUUUGAAAUCACCUCUUUGUUUUGUACUUCUGCUUUCAGAUUUCAUUAAGAUAAUUGUGUAAUUGACUUAAAAAUUAAUGGAUUCUUAUUCCAAAAGGAUUAAUCAAUCAACAUCUCAGCAAAGUGUCUGCCCUGCACGUGUAAGCCAUAACGUGAAAGUUGGCAGAGCAUUCACUCAAGGGUCCUCACAGUAGAGAGAGAUUUUGUUCUCAUCCUAUGUCUGUAUUUCCAGCCAUCCUGAUUGGGAUCAUGUGAUUAGAAAGUAGGAAUCAAGUCUGAAACCUUCAUGUUCUGUGUAAAACUUUACACUGCCUUUAUCCAGGAGGUCAAGGGGGAACCCAAGCAAAAAUAUAUUUUAAUGCUGUGUCAACAUGCUUUUUGAAUGAUCUUAAUUCAUCACUUCUCAUACUACCUGUAGCAGUUCACUAUAUUUCUGUUAAGCUUCAACUGGUUCUCCAGACAUAACUCAGAUUUGGGAGGGCAAAAUUGAAUAGUUGGGCAACUAAGUAUUUGUGACAGCUUGAGUGGACGUAAUAUAAAAUUUCACAUCACAAUUGCAUAUUACUGAAAUCUUAGUUAUACAACUGUAGCUAGCCUAUAAUUUCUUAUUCUAAUAUGUGUUGGUGAGCUAUGUGAUUCCAUGAUGAAAUUUUAACAGUAUUGUAGCAUGAAACUUCUUGAAAAGAUGGCACGUUACAUAGCUGAAACUUGCAUAAUAGUUGUUUGAGAACAUGGAACUCUUAAUUUCUAUCAGUACUUAGUACUUCCAAACUGAUGGACUGUAAGUGUUUGCUGGCUGUCAGGGCCCUACAUGAAAUUAUUUUGGGAGUCUCAGUGCAGGUCCUAAUUGGUGUGGGCCCAGUGCAAUGUUGAUAGUUUCAGUCCAAGGGGUUGGCAAUUGUGACGAUUUGAAAAAUGUCACAGGGGUACAGAAGAUGAAGUUAUAUUGAUUUUCUGAUCUGAGUUGAAUUUAUUCAUUUGUGAUUGGAGUCAGCAUCCCACAAGAAAGAUCAUCAGCCAGGUUUCCCAAUCCUGAUUUCUAUUCAGUGACCAUUACUAGAAAGUUCCAGAUUGUGAGGGCAGGGUACUGCCCAGUGUGAUAUACAUCCCUUCUAAUGUGGUUAAAUACACUUUUUGACAUUUGCUGUGAGAUAUUGUGAGUUUAAUGACAAGGUAUUGGAGACCAAAGUGUAUGGAACUUCACAUUAUGAUAUUGCCUUCACCUAAGCGGAGGAAAAGAUUGGCGAAGGAAAACAGUGUUGUCCAUUAUUGUAUUACACCUUUAACUUGAACAAUAAGUAACUUUAUGGUGAAUGUUGACUGUACACGUGCUUUUUGCUGAUGACCAGUGUUGCUUGUUCAAUCAGUAUUCAUUUGCAAUCUCUGCACCCCAUUUAGCUGUUCUUGUUGACAGCUACAAUCAGUUAGCAGCUGGCAGUCUGAAAAAUAGAUAUCAUUUUCAUAUUAACUAAAGUUUUACGUAAGUAAUAUGCAAGAUCACUAUGAAGCUUAUCCAUUUUUCUUUUUACGGUAACCCAUCAGACAUAUAAAGAAGUCAUUUUGUUGCUAGUUUAAUAGUAAUAAAUAAAACUUGAAACUGA